AUCUACUAACCUCAUUUCUCCAUUCAUUCCUUAACAAAGUUGAAACUACUUCUCAAGUUCCUGCUCUCCGUUCAUCAGCAUCAGAACUAGGAUUCAUCCUUUUCAUAUUCAGAUCACGCAACGGAAGAUGAGGGCCAUGGUCUUCUCAGUCUUGCUGGUUUUGGCCAUUUUCUCGGCUUCUUGUUUGCAACCAGCUGAAAUGAGGCCGCUGAAGGAAGAAGGCGGUGCUGAUGAUAAUCAUUUAUUGCUGUUGCAGUCCCUGCAGCGGGGUCCGGUAAGCGGGUCGGGUCCCAAUCCGUGCACCAACAUCCCCGGUCGGAACCCGGGAUCCUGCACCCGUGCGGUGGCUGCGAUGAAUGUCGCCGGCAGUGUAUUCGCUCGCCGGCCUCCUCUUGCAGUUUCUCAACUCGUCGUCGCUUCGACUACAACUACAAGGCAGUCUGGUCGUCGACAGUUUGCUGGGAGUUCUUGACCACUUUUCUUUAAUUCUUAGGAGUAUUUUCUUGACUAUUAUUCAUGCUAAAGGUUGGUGUGAAUUCUGUUAUUUAAUUUAUUAUUUGGUUCGGUUUUAUGUAAAAAAUUUCAAGCUCACUUUACUUUUGAGUCUCCAAGAAAACCAAAUGUAUGGU